AUACCUCAAAUUACUAACAACACCAGCAAUUCAACAUGGAGAUGUGGUUACUCAUCUUCCUCUCCAUCUCUCUCUCUAUAGCUUUGAAAUUCCUUCUCUACAGGAAGAAGAAGCUCCCACCUGGCCCACCUACCAUACCUUUAUUCGGCAACCUCCUAUUUUUGAACAACUCCCUCUUCGAUCUCGAGCCCAUCCUCCGAGACCUCCAUGCCAAGUACGGCCCCAUCGUCACCCUCCAUAUCGGCUCACGGCCUACCAUCUUCAUCGCCGACCACUCUCUUGCCCAUGAAGCACUCAUCCAGAAUGGAUCCAUCUUCUCCGACCGGCCACCUGCAACGAUGCUAGGCCGCAUCACUAGCAGCAACCAACAUAACAUUAGUUCGGCUGUAUACGGCCCUCUAUGGCGCCUCUUUCGCCGUAACCUCAUGUCGGAAAUCCUCCACCCUUCGCGUGUGAAGUCUUACGCACAAGGUCGCGAAUGGGUACUUGAGCUUUUGAUCAAGCGGCUCCGAUACAAAGCUGAUGCAGGCGAGCCUGUCCGUGUACUGGAGAGCUUCCAGUACUCCAUGUUCUGCUUGCUCUUGCUCAUGUGCUUCGGCCAGAGGCUAGACGAGAGCGUUGUGAAAAAAAUUGAAGACAUGCAGCUGCGGUUGAUCACGAACUUAGUUAGGUUCAACAUCUUCACCUUACUUCCGACGCUAGGAAAGAUCUUGUUCCGCAAACGGUGGAACAGGCUGUUAGAGAUGUGUCGCGAGCAAGAAGAACUCCUCAUCCCUCUGAUAAGAGCUCGUCGAGAUCAGAAAGGUGAUGAUCAAGAUGAGAAGAGCUUUGUGUUUUCUUAUGUCGACUCGCUCCUUGCUCUCGAGCUUCCUGAAGAGGGAGGGAGAAAGCUCACUGAAAGUGAAAUGGUGAGCCUUUGCUCGGAGUUUCUAACCGCUGGGACUGACACGACCUCGACGUCGCUGCAAUGGAUACUGGCAAACCUCGUGAAGCACCAGGACAUACAAUCAAAGCUGGCGGAAGAGAUCGAGGCGGUAGUUGGGAAGGAGAGCGAAAUAAGAGAGGAAGAUCUGCAGAAGAUGCCAUAUCUGAAGGCGGUGAUCAUGGAGGGGUUGAGAAGGCACCCGCCAGGCCACUUCGUUCUGCCCCACGCUGUGUCCGAGGAGGUAACGUUGAACGGGUAUGUCAUACCAAAGAACGCAACGAUCAAUUUCACGGUGGCGGAGAUGGGCCUCAAUAAGGAGGUCUGGGAGGAUCCGACGGAAUUCCGGCCGGAGAGGUUCUUGGAUGGAGGUGAGGCCGUAGAUAUAACAGGGAGUAAGAAGAUAAAGAUGAUGCCUUUCGGGGCGGGGAGACGGAUAUGCCCAGCUCAUGGCCUGGCAAUGCUGCAUCUGGAGUAUUUUGUGGCUAAUCUGGUGAGGGAAUUCGAAUGGAAGACAAAGGAUGGUGAAGAUGUUGAUUUAACUGAGGCCCUCGAAUUUACUGUUGUUAUGAAGAAUCCUUUGGAGGCUAAUAUCAUUUCAAGGAGUAAGUAAGGAUAGGUACUUAAUUUUUGCUCGAUCUUGAGAUAUGAGGGCUAGUGAUGUGGGCACUUUUAAAGUUUUCUGAAACAUUUCAUUCUCAUUGAAGAAACAUGAAACAUAGGGGCUAGCGAUGGUAGAAAGAGCAGCACAGCAGAAAACAGGGGGCUCUUGGUGAUCUUCUGAAGGAUUCUCCUCAAGGCAGUAAUACUAUUGAGUUUUUUAUUUUUUAUUUUAUUUUUGUUUAUUUUUAUAUGGGCCCUGGUCCCUUCCUUCGGUGGUUCAUGGUCUUAGCGUUAUAUUAGUAUUGGGUUUUGCAUACUGGUUCGGUUUUUAACAUUUCUCUAACAAAGAUAGAGGCUGAAUUUACUUUGCCUUCCUCCAUCAGUGCUGAUGAUCUCUCUCAUGGAAGUGGGACUGUCUAGAGACAAAGCAACAAGGUUCCUGGCCCCGGCUCUUGCUCGUUUAAGG